AUGGACACCCUCAAGGCUGAAAUCGCAGUCAAACGCAAGGCGCUCGCCGUCCCUGCAUCGGAGGGCGCUCGUCCCACAAAGUACAUGCGCAGAGGCGACCUCGAACGCCUCAAAGAGGAGCAGGAGAAGAAGGAGAGAGAGGAGAAGGAGGCGAGACUCCGGGAAGAGCGCGAGCGCGAGGAACGCGAACGCGAAGAGCGCAGGCGAGAGAAGGCGGCAGCAAAGGUGAAACAGGCUGGUAGUGCACGCAGAUCCUCGAACUCCCCACACCCAGAGGGCGGCCCUUCGACCGGCUCGCCCGCACCUGACUCCGCGUUGUCGUUCAACAUCUCCAACGAGGAGACCGUUCGGCGCCUCCGUGCAAAGGGCCAGCCCAUUCGACUCUUUGCUGAGUCCGACAAGGACCGCCGACUGAGGCUACGCGCGUUGGAGCUCAUCGAGGAGAAGGAUCAUGAGCGGCACGGUGGCCAGAACGACUUCAAGAAGGCGCUUGAGGACGUGGAGAACGUCGAGCGCCAGAUGAAGGACAGGCAAGUCCAGGACGAGUCUACGCGCGACAAGGGCAAGAAGAAGGAUUCCGAGGCAUCAUUGGUCAGCGAGAUUCUGGACCUCGGACUUGUGAAGACGGACCCGGACAAGUUGUACCCCAUCAUCUACUACGCGAUGAAGAGAGCGUUGAAGGAAUGGGAGCAAUGGAUGGACGAGCGCCCUGAAAAUAUCAAGCGUACGACGCAGGGCAAGCUGGCGGCAGCUACGCAACGCCAAUCUGCGGAGUAUCUAAAGCCACUCUUCAAGCUGUUACGAGCAAGGAAUCUGCCCCCAGACGUGCUUGCUAGAAUCGCCGAAAUCGUGCACUAUAUGCAGAAACGGCAGUACCAGAGGGCGAAUGACUCGUACCUUCGUUUGUCGAUCGGCAAUGCUCCGUGGCCCAUCGGCGUUACGAUGGUCGGUAUACACGAGCGGUCCGCUCGAGAGAAGAUUUCCGCAGAUCAGGUUGCGCAUGUGCUUAAUGACGAAGUCAGCCGGAAGUACAUUCAGAGCUUGAAGAGGAUCCUGACCUUUGCUCAAACAAAGUAUCCUCCUGAAGAUGUCACACAGCUGAUGGGAUGA